AUGCCGACCGCACGCCUCCCGCAGACGUCGUCCUCCGAACGCCUCCCGCAGAUGGAGCCCAAAGCCCCUCGCCGCCCUUACGCCGUCUCCGCGUUGCCGGAGACGGUGUCCCACCUCGUGAGGAUCGGCGGGUACUCGCGCGCCAAGAAGGUGCCCAACGGCAAGUUCGUCGAGGCCAGGAGGUUCACCGUCGGCGGCCGCACGUGGUUCAUCCGGUUCUACCCCAACGGCCACGGCCCCGGCGAAGCCGGCGCCGUCUCCGUCUACGUCGGCAUGGACUGCUGCGAGGACGCCAACGGCCCCACGGUCGUCGCCAACGUCCGGUUCAGCCUCCUGGACUGCGACGGGAAGCCGGUGCCGACGUUCGUCGAGGCCAUGUCCGGCGUCGACUUCUCCGAGAACGACUUCGGGAUGAAGAUGAAGAGACGGGAGCUCGAGGCUUCGGGCCAUCUGCGCGGCGACGGCUUCACCGUCCGGUGCGAACUCGCCUUCGUCAACUCCGGCGCAGGAGGCCACCUCAAGGAGGAGCGCGGCGUCAAGGUGCCGCCGUCCAACCUGCACCGCCACCUCGCCGAUCUCCUCCGGCAGAAGCAAGGCGGCGACGUCUCCAUCGUGGUCCAGGGGAAGACGUUCACGGCGCACGGGUGGAUGCUCGCCGCGAGGUCACCGGUCAUGGCCGCCGAGCUCUCGUCCCACCACGACGACGCCAAUAACCACCCGCCGCCGACGACGCUGCUGCGCGUCGACGACGACAUGGAGCCCGAGGUGUUCGGGGCGCUGCUCCACUUCAUCUACACGGACACGCUGCCGCCGGACAUGACGACGAAGGAGGCGGCGGCGGCGGCGAUGGCGGCGAGGCUGCACGUGGCGGCGGGAAGGUACGGGAUGGAGAGGCUGCAGCUGAUGUGCGAGGACGCGCUGUGCCGGAGCGUGAGCGUCGACACGGUGGCCUCCGCCGUCGUGUUCGCGGAGAACCAUGGCUGCCGCGUGCUCAAGCGCGCGUGCCUCGACUUACUCUCGUGCAGGCGGAAGCUCAGGCAUCUCACCAACCUGGACGACCAGUUCCGUCUGCUCACGAGCUGCCAUCCUGUCGUCAAGGAACUCUUUCUGCAGAUCUGGACGACCAGUUAUCAGUUGUUUUGGUUUCUCUAG